AUGGGCAAAGAAGAAAGAGAGAGGCAGGCAGCAGAAGAGGACACCGGGGCCCAGGGGCGCUGUGAGCUGGAGCUGGUGGAGAGCCUGCUGAAGAGCAGACCAGAGGAGCCCGAGGGCUGCUGGGAGACACGCAGUGUGGGGGCCGGGGGCCCGCGGGGCAGCUCAGGCCGCCAGGAGCGCAGCCGGCUGCCCUGGGAGGACACAGCUGCCACCGAGGAGGAGGCCUCCAAGUUGACCGCCCUGCGGCUGCGGCUGGAUGAAUCCCAGAAGGUGCUGCUCAAGGAGCGAGAGGAUAAGCUGGCCCUGAGCAGGAACAUUGAGAAGCUGGAGGGGGAGCUCAGCCAGUGGAAGAUCAAGUACGAGGAGCUAAGCAAGACCAAGCAGGAGAUGCUCAAGCAACUCAGCAUCCUGAAGGAGGCGCACCAGGACGAGCUGGGCCGCAUGUCUGAAGACCUGGAGGAUGAGCUGGGCGCACGGUCCAGCAUGGACAGGAAGAUGGCCGAGCUGAGGGGCGAGAUGGAGCGGCUGCAGGCCGAGAAUGCAGCCGAGUGGGGCCGCCGGGAGCGACUGGAGACGGAGAAGCUGGGCCUCGAGCGGGAGAAUAAGAAGCUGCGGGUGCAGGUCGGAGACCUGGAGGAGGCCCUGGCUCGGCGGCGGCGGCAGACAGCCAGUGUGCUGGACUGUGACCUGCGUGCCAGCCAGGCCGCGCUCUUCGAGAAGAACAAGGAGCUGGCGGACCUGAAGCACGUGCAUGGCAAGCUGAAGAAGCAGUUUCAGGAGAAGGUGGCAGAAUUGGCCCAUGCCAACCGGCGGGUGGAACAGCAUGAGGCCGAGGUGAAGAAGCUGCGGCUGCGUGUGGAGGAGCUCAAGAAGGAGCUGGCCCAGGCGGAGGAUGAGCUGGAUGAGGCACACAACCAGGCGCGGAAGCUGCAGCGGUCGCUGGAUGAGCAGACGGAGCAGAGUGAGAACCUGCAGGUGCAGCUGGAGCAUCUGCAGUCCAGGCUCCGCAGGCAGCAGCAGAAUGCGCCCCUCUUCGGGAAGAUCCGCAGCGCUCGCUUUGGCACCGAGGAGGCCGGGGAUGGAGCCAGCGACCUGGAUGAGGACGAGGACCUGCAAAUCCAGGUGGCCUAGAGCCUCGUGGGACUGGGCAGGAUGGGGAGCCCUGGGGUCCAGGCCCACUCGCCCCUGGAACUGAUGCCGCUGCCUGAGUUCUCUUUGGGGCCAGACACUGCUCCCUGCCACCAACGACUUUCUUCCCUCCCAAGGAGGGCAUCGACAGUCCCACCUCCCAACACCCAUAAAAGGGAAGCCUGUAUUUUAUGUAGAUAUGUAUAUAUUAUAUAUAUGCCCGGGACCCAUUUGGUUUUAUAAAUACAGGAAUACUCCAAGGCCCAGUCCAGGCCACCCUACCCACCUAGGACGUCAUGCAGGGUUGGGGUGUGUCAAGAGGGGAUUGUUUUGGGUCCCAACCCAGGCUGCCUCUCCAGACCUUGGAGGUCUGGCAGGGGAUGUUCCUAGUACAGUGUGGUGAACUCAGUCUUUUGUAAUAAAUGAAGUUCAAGUUC